AUGGGUAGGGUGUUCGCCAUGUCAGGGGCAGAGGUAGAGAAUUCAAGUAAUUUGAUUUUGGAUACUUGUUUCUUGUUUGGUAAAGGUGUGUAUGUGUUGUUUGAUUCGGGAGCAACGCACUCGUUUGUGUCCUUUUUGUGUGUGGAGAACCAUGGUCUUCUCAUGUUUGAUCUGGGGUGCGAGCUAGUUGUCUCUUGUUCAGCAUUCGAACAAGUUUUAACCAGUUCAAUCUGCGUUGGGUGUCCGAUUGAGGUGGCAGGUCACAAGUCUAAAGUCAACUUGGUAUGUUUGCCACUUAAGGGUUUAGAUGUGAUCUUGGGGAUGGAUUGGUUGUCUGAUAACCAUGCGUUGAUCGACUGCGGAUGUCAAAAGGUAGUGUUCCAGAAACCAGAAGGCAUAGAGAUGUCGACAUCGAGAGAAGUGUUGCAAGAUCUCAAGAGUGGAGUUGUAUGUUUUGUAGUAAUGGAGAAAGAACAGAAGCAGAGUAUUGACGAGUAA